UCAUGAAAUACAUACUAUUCUUAGCUAUUAUCUUAAUCGCCUUGGCUAAAAGACACCACUAACCUGAUGCUGUUUUAUCGUGUCUUUAAGAUGUUUGCAAAGAUGAAUUUGAAACUUGUGACAACUCAACUGGCUGCUUGAAAUAACUUAAAAAAUGCAUGAAAGUAUAAGAAAGAGAUCCAUUGAAUUACACUGCUGUAUAUUAAAUUCAUUAUAAUAGGGAUAUGAAUGUUUAGAGAAAUAGAAAACUGCCUUGGAUGCCUUCGAAUGCAUAUUUGGAAAAUGCCUUGGAUUACAUGGAGAAUGAG